AUGGCGUGCUCGUGGACCGGCCUGCUUGCGAUCUUCCUCAGCGUCGCCGCGCUCACGCUCGCCACGAUCGCGCUCGCCAUCCCCAUGUGGUCGAGCACGGUCGUCCCCGGCGACAUCAAGAAUGCGACUGCGUACCAGAACGUCAAGUUUACAACCGGCGUGUGGGGCUACUGCGUCAACGCCGACUUUGGAGCGAGUGGCAUCGUGCUCGACCAGUGCUUUAGCUUCUACCACACGGGCGGCGCGGGCGGCGAGCUCACGAUGAACGGGUCCUCCAUCACCAAGAUUGCGAUUGGGCUCGACGUGUGCUCCGAGUACAUGAAUGCCAACAGCUCGACGGCCAUGAUCAGCACGCGCAUCGCGGGCUUGGACAAGGAUGCGUUCUACAACUUCAUGGACAAGUCGUGCGGGUCCCUCGGCAAGGCGACGCUGGCGUUUGCGACCCUCGGCAUGGCCUUUGGCCUCCUCAGCGUCCUCUCGCUCCUCCUCUUCGUCACGUGCUGCGCGGCCACGUCGCGCUUUGUGACCUUUGCGUCGAUCUUUACGCUCGCUACGGUCGGCUCGACACUCAUUGCGUUCUGCUGCUGGGCCGGCCAAGUGCAGCCGCUCGGUGCGUACGUCUCGUACGGCGCGGGCUUUGGCUUGGAGAUCGCCGCGUUCGUGCUUGCGCUCGCCGCGUGUGUCGCAAUCAAGCUCCACCAGUCGAAGGGCGGGAAAGCGUUGAUGAAGGAGCCCAACAUCAAGGUCUAAGCAGCAGCGAGUCGUAGGAGCUUGAAGUUUGCAUAAGAUUCCACGUAUGGAACAGAGUUGAGU